UAUAUUAGACCCCUAUAACAUCAUUUACAUGUCAUUUUCAUUCUUGUGUGUGCACAAUUAUUUAUUGUACAACAUACUGUAUAAGAAUGUCGUGCAUUAUGGGACUAUUACAGUAUGAAAAGAAGUCAGAAUAUUAAAGAUUUCUUCGCAAGGAAGAAAUCUAAGAUAGAGCCAGAGCAGGGGCAGAGCAGUCAGUCACAGGAUGAGAGCCAGCCUUCAGCCUCAGCUGUACACAUUGAGUCACCCUCAACAUCACAUACACAUCAGGGUGUGUCCAGUGCUGAGGUUCUUGCAGGCCAUCCACAGGGGGAUAGUGGUGUGGAAGCCUCUUAUAGCCAGCCGGGACCUAUUGAAUCAGGUGAAGAUUCUUGUGAUGAGGGCCCUUCACCAUCACACAUGCAGCAUAGUGUGUCCAGUGCUGAGGUUCUUGCAGGCCAUCCACAGGGGGAUAGUGGUGUGGGAGCCUCUUAUAGCCAGCCGGGACCUAUUGAAUCAGGUGAAGAUUCUUGUGAUGAGGGCCCUUCACCAUCACACAUGCAGCAUAGUGUGUCCAGUGCUGAUGUUCUUGCAGGCCAUCCACAGGGGGAUAGUGGUGUGGGAGCCUCUUAUAGCCGGCCCGGACCUAUUGAUAUUUCACAGUCAAGAGCAACAGGACCCACUCAACCCCAGUUAAAGCUGUAUCCAAAAACCAUGCAAGGGGAGAAGAGGAGGGCGUUCAAUCCAUCCUGGUACAACAGGUUUUCAUGGCUUGAGUACUCAAUAAUGAAAGACUCAACGUACUGCUAUGCAUGCAGGCAGUUCUCUUUGCCUAGCACGUCAGAAUCUGUGUUCACCUCAGAAUCCGGCUUUUCACAUUGGAAAAAAGCAAUGUAUAAAGAUGCUGGCUUUAAGUUGCAUGAAAAAUCAGAUUCUCACAUUACUUCCAUGUUAGCUUGGAGUGAACACAAGAGGGCUGCACUUACAGAUGCUUCUGUAUUAAACAUGAUCAACAAAGAGUACAAAAAGAAGGUCGAAGAGAAUCGCAGUUACAUUAAAACUGUUGCAGA